ACCCGAAGGUCCCGUCAGUAAUUCGCACAGUCUGUAGCUUAGUCGUUCCAUGGUCACCAAUUAAACAUCAUGGCAAGCGUCAACCUAAUAACCGCUUUCAAAGCCGUGUGCUCCAUCUUCACGGCAGCCUCUCUGCUCACCGGCACCCAAGCGAUAGUCAAUCCCACCGCCUUUGCAACCUCCUUCGGCAUCCCCCUCGCCCAACCACCCGAGUCGCCAAAGCAAGCAGCCGCAUCCACAACAGACACCACCAAGCCGCCACCACCACAUCACGACCCCGCCGCGUCGAGCUACGUCGCACUCUUGGGCGCACGCCAGCUCGGGACCGGGAUCACGCUGCUGGUGUUUGCGUGCCAGGGCAAAUGGGUGGAAUGCGCAACGGUCCUUAGCGUUAUCGGACUCGUCGUGGCCGGUGCGGAUGGGUACCACAUCGCGAAGAACGGCAACCUCGGAGGGGGCGUAUUUCACGCGGGGCCUGGGGCGGCCAUCGCUGCGUUGGCUGCCGCUGUGGUGUGGUACAAGUAAGCAAAUGUAGAGGGAGUCAAAUCCGAUGACCGUUUUCGCCAGCUUUGUGUAGACUGUACCCACAGGUGCGCGAUGCAAGACAGAGAGUUAUUUUGGGCGUCUGGAGAUGUGCGAGUCAAAAGUGUUAUGCAGGAAUUGUACAGACCGGAAGGACGGAGAUUUUGCCCGGUGAAAAUACGAAAGGGUUUUUAUGAGACGCAGUCAACGAAUGUGUAGACUUUGCUGAGCUGGAAGCCUAAAUUCCCUUUGGAUUAAGCCUUGUAUGGAACUAAUGGCGAAGUACACCUUGCGAUAUUAUGGACCGCGUUACAAGCGGUACCUGACCGAUCUGAUAAACAUCACGUUGUUUUACCCGGACUGCACUCCGUUACAACUGCAACUGAGGCUUGCAGUUUUGUGGAGAUGCUCAAACUCAACACCCUUGCGGUAUCGAGGUUUGAAAUGAUGAGUUUAAAAUACCGGGCUCGUGGUCGGGUACAAGACCUACCGACCCUCAGACAUCCGGUAGCCGAACAUUGAACCUUGUAGCUUAACACGAGGUUCUUUCAGUUGCUGCUUCAACGGCAGCGCUUCAGGAAACUCACCUUUACGCUCGAGUUUGAGAAUACAAGACCAAAGGACAGGAUCCACACAUCUUACUUCCCCAGUCUCAGGGGCGUACACUUACACGUAUUGUAAACGAUGCCUCUAUCCAUAGAGCUGGAGGUGGUGCUGUGCAGACGGCGAAUGCGCCACAUAUUCCCCGUACCAUUUUUGCCCUCUCUGGUUUGAUUAGGGGAGAGCGG